GGAGUCUCCCUACUGAACGCUCUACGAAUUGCCAGUUUGUCCGCCUCUUGACUCUCAAUGACAACCUCCAUCUCGUGUCGUAGUGAUUUGACAUCAGAUCACAAUAAAGGGAGUGCAAACAUCAAAUCUGAUGUUGUGAGCACAGACAGCAGCGGAUCAUCCAUUGAUGUCACUGUUACCACUUUUGUUGGUGGCCCUGUGCUCAGCCUCAUCAACAAACGCCUCCGAAACCAUCGCAAGAAAUUCAACCGAAUCCUCCAGAUGGAAGAGCUUCUUGCCUAGGGCAAGCCUCUCAACAAAGAACAGGGACAACUCUUGCAGUCCAAGAGUGCUGUCUCUGCCCUUAUUGAUGAGCUUGAGAAGCUCAGAAAGCCACUCGCCUCUGCGGUGUCCGAAGCAAUUUCCCUCGAUCGCCCUUCAAUGCCAUGCCAUUUCUGGAAAAAAUGGCACUUGUCAAGAUCAAGACCAAGAGAAAGCUUCUGAGGAGAAAGAGUCCAAAUCACACAAAGAGCUGCCAAUUGAUCCAAAAUCUGAUCACGAUGGGAGCACAAAGGAUGUCAUGAGCACAGAGCGCAGCGGACCCUCUCAAGUUGAUCAGCAAAAUGAAGGGAAUGCUUUGCCUUCAAGGACGGGCCUGAAGCAGAAGGAUAGGAAAUGGAAGAUAUGGUGUAAGAAUUAUUUGGAGGAGAAUUCAAGUGAUUUGACAUCAGAUCACAAUAAAGGAAGCGAAAACAUAAAAUCUGACGUUGUGAGCACAGAGAGCAGCGGAUCAUCCACUGAUGUCACUGUUACCACUCUUGUUGGUGGCCCUGUGCUCAGCCUCAUCAACAAACGCCUCCGAAACCAAUGCAAGAAAUUCAACCGAAUCCUCCACAUGGAAGAGCUUCUUGCCCAGGGCAAGCCUCUCAACAAAGACCAGGCACAACUCUUAAGGUCCAAGCCUGCCAUCUUUGCCCUUAUUGAUGAGCUCGAGAAACUCAGAAAUCUGCUCGCCUCUACUGUGUCUGAAGAAAUUUCCCUUGCCCUUCAAUGCCAUGCCAUUUCUGGAAAAAAUGACACUAGUCAAGAUCAAGAUCAAGACCAAGAGAAAGCUUCUGAGGAGAAAGAGUCCAAAGCACACAAAGAGCUGCCAAUAGAUUCAAGAUCAGGUCACAAGGAAGAGAGCACGAAGAUCAAAUCUGAUGUACUUGUGAGCGUAGUUAGCCAGCGAUUUUCCUCUGACGUCGCUGAUACCACUCUUGUUGGUGGCCCUGUACUCAGCCUCAUCAACAAACAUCUCCAAAACCAUUGCGAGAAAUUAAACCAAAUACUCCAGGUGGAAGAGUUUCUUGCCCAGGGCAAGCCUCUCAGCACAGAACAGGCACAACUCUUGCAGUCCAAGAGUGCUGUCUCUGCCUUCAUUGAUGAGCUUGAGAAGCUCAGAAAGCCACUCGCCUCUGCUGUGUCUGAAGAAAUUUCCCUUGCCCUUCAAUGCCAUGCCAUUUCAGGAAAAAGUGGCACUUGUCAAAAUCAAGACCAAGAGAAAGCUUCUGAGGAGAAAGAGUCCAAAUCAUACAAAGAGCUGCCAAUUGAUCCAAAAUCUGAUCACGAUGGGAGCACAAAGGAUGUCAUGAGCACAGAGUGCAGCGGACCCUCUCAAGUUGAUCAGCAAAAUGAAGGGAAUGCUUUGCCUUCAAGGACGGGCCUGAAGCAGAAGGAUAGGAAAUGGAAGAUAUGGUGUAAGAAUUAUUUGGAGGAGAAUUCAAGGUUGCUUUGUAAGAAGAUGAUGCUAGAGCUGGAGUUCGAAAGUCUCAAACUUUCUUCUGUUGUCUAUCAGCUCCGUGUGUCUCUAAUUGAUCACUUGCCGACACUUAAUUGUGAUUCUUACAUGGAUCUAAAGGAAGAGGAUCUAGAAGAAGAGAAUUCUUUAGUUGAUCAGCAAAACGAAGAGUUUUCUUUGUCUCCAUGGGCAGCUGAACAAUUAGGGAUUUCCAACAACGAUAAGUAAUGUUUCUCUGCUUUCAUUUGUCAUUCAAGUUCACUUAUUAUUUUCUUUCAUUGGUUUCAAGUCAUUCUACUAUAGAAUUAGACUUCUGCAUUUGGUUACUGGCGGAGGCCAAAUUUUGAAUAUAAAAAAUCACGACUAGUGAUGGUGCAGUAUGGAAGAGGUAGACUGGAAGAAGUGGUGCUGGAUAUUGAGGGGAAGUAAUAUGUGGUUGAUGGAGAUGUUGAAAGUGUAUCAAGAUG